UUGACAAGCUUCAACGUCGCAUUCGGUGUGUAUAUUUCAAUAAAUCAAUUGCAGUUUAUUGCUCAAAAUAACUGUAGCUGCUUUCCACAUGUUGUCAACUUAGCAUGCCAAAGUGUUCUUAGUGCUAUAACUGAACUUGAGUAUGUCAAGGAAACGUCGCAAGAUUUUGAGCCAGAAAAGUUUUCGCUACACAAUUUUCUUGAUGCAGUCAAACAUGACCCUAUCGCAACUUUACGUUCUCUCAUUAGAGCAAUUCGUGCAUCUGCACUGCGUCGCCAGCAUUUUAUGCAGAUUUUAGUCAACAUGGAUAUGGCCAUUCUGCAGCUUCUCAAAGACAUUGAGACACGGUGGUCAUCAACAUAUCUCAUGAUAGAUUGGGCUAUUCUACUUCGCGAGGCAAUUGAACAAUUUCUCUAUGGUUCAGAGUUUGCAGAACUUCGCAAGUAUAGCAUGAACAAUGAAGAGUGGAAAGCUUUGGAAGUAUUCCACGAGAUCCUUCAGGUAAGUUUAGUUUUC